AUGGUCAACGACAUUGAAGACCGUAUUAAAUCAAUGUUAACGAAGAAUCAGUACAAGAUGUUUCGUACUAAAAGUAUAUUUGGUUUCUUCAUGAAGAAGAAAGAUUGUGUCGUCCAAGCACAAUUAGGGAGAUGCAUUAUGUCACUUGAAACGAAGGAAAGUUCUACAAGUGUCAUAGUCAUUCAUGCAAAGGGCACAAUUUUUCAUUUCACUCUUAGAGAGUUUGCUUUGGUGACUGGUUUGAAUUGUGUUAUAAACAGGGAUGAUUUUGUGUUUGACGAGGAGCGUCCAAACAGAAUUAUUGAUCAAUAUUUUGAUGGUGAGAGUUUUAUACAGAAAAAAAAGUUAUUUGCGGAUGUUCUUUUUAAAAAUAUCGAGCCAAUAAGAAAGGAGAUUUCAGCGUUUCAAAUAUCAAAGAAGCUUGUUCCUGGAGCUGCAAGUCAUAAUGAAGAUGACAUUGAUUCGAAUAAUGACUUUCAAGAUCCUCCACAAAGACAAAAACAGUUAACCACAAAAAAAAAAUAUCAUGUCGAUUCAUCAGCUUCACCCACAAAGAAAAAAUUGAAGCCACAUUCUAAAGGUACAGAUGAGCAGCCACAAAAAAGGACCCCUCCACCCCGUACUGCAAAGAUGCCUUCUGUGAGGACUCCAAUUCACAAGUCAAUUCAAACAAAAGCUACGCUGCGUGGAAAUAGGAAAGACAUAAAUCGGCCUGAUAGUAAAAAAACUAUUCCGAUUCAGUCACCUGCUCUAUCUUCCUUCAGUUUUGAAGUUGAAGACGUCGUUGUCUCGAAGAAAGUCUUUGAUAAGUUUCGUGAUAAGGUUUGGAAAGAGUUUAAUGAUAUGUGUGGCCUACUAUCAUCCAGGUGUGAUCAAAUCAUGAAUGCAAUUAAUGAAAUCAAGAAACAAGCAAAAGACAGAGAAUAUGACCAGCCACCAACGGAUGAAAAUGUUAACAAUACAUCAUCCCUUCAAGCGACUCCAAAAUUUGAUUACGAGUUUAAUCAGAAUCUUGAAGGCACAUUGGAAAAAACUGAUAUAGAAGUGCAUGAAGCAAAAGAUGUAUGUGUCUCUUUGAACACAAAAUCGAUUGAUGAAAGUAUUGGUGAAGCACAAAUAUCAGAAUCUCAAUUCACAUUUUCAGAUGACGUCCUUAGAAGCAUUGAUCUUGACUUCAUAAAUAAAGCCAAUGCUGAAGUCGAAAUUGAGUGCAAGAACGAAGAAGUUGUUGUCGAGAAGAAUUUAAAUAAACCAACAGAAGAUGAGUCAGAGGUUAAUGAUGUGGAUAAAUCAAAUCUUAUUGCGUAUGUCAAUCUUGAACGAAGUAUAAUUGUACAUUCAUCGGCAAAUGAAGCACAACAAACGCCAAUGCCUGUUUCAAGGAUUAGGCGACCAUCUAGAUACAAGGAGUCACCAUUCACAAUGAAUUUUGGUUCAGCAGAUGUUGUAUUUGUUUUUAAUGAGAACUGGUUAUAUUUUGAUGACAAUUUGUUUAUGUUGAAGUUUGAUAGCUUAGAUAUCAAAGAAGAUAAUUUUUUGAAGGGCAAGGCAAAAAUACCGCUUACCAGUUUUGGAGUUUUAUAUGUUGAAGACAAGAAUUGGGUCUACAUUAUGGGUACUCCUAGCCAGACAUGGUCAGAUGAGCAAAUUGAUGUAUGCUUCUAUUAUCUGCGAAAGAAGUCUAAGUAUGAUUCCAAUAGCUCAUAUACGUUCAGCACUAUAGACUACAAUUUCAUGAACAUUGUUAGAAGGAUUUUUUAUGUGUAUAAAGUAGAUGAUACAUCUCUUAAUGCUGGUGGAAAGGAAUACCAUCUGAAUAAGUACAUAAGUGGAUUCCGCAUGCAUGCUACAGUGCCAUGGCAUACGGUUCUUGCGGUUAUAUCGUUCAAUCAUAGGUGCAUAUAUGUAUAUGAUUCUUUGUCAGCUGCUGGUUAUGAUGCUGUGGUGCUUAGUGAAAUUGAAAAGUUAGCAAAGGUUAUACCUAUAUGUCUCAUUGCAUGUAAAUUCUACGAGAAUAAGAGUAUUGAAAUUGACAAUCAUCCUAAUUACAAAUUGAAUGAUAGGAUGGAUCCAUUUGGUAUUUCAGUUGUGGAGAAUAUGCCUCAACAACCAAGUGACAGCUUAGACUGUGGCUUAUAUAUGAUUACGUAUGCCGAGUGCCUUAUUUUUGGUGAAGGUGUUUCAUAUGCUGAUUUUGAUCAGAUCUUAUUUGCAUAA